AUGCGCCGCUGCGAUUCCCGCCUGCCCGCUUGCCUUUCCCGUGGGCGCCGCUCCGGUUUUCUCCCAGAUUUGCAGGGCAAUCUGGCCUGCUUCUCUUCCUGCUUUACUGGGACAAAUCUGAGCAUUCCUGAUGGCCGGUCUAACAAGGUGCCCGUGGUGCAGCCGUCGCACGGAGUCCACCCGCUCACCCCGCUCAUCCCCUACAGCAACGACCACUUCAGCCACGGCUCCCACUCGCCCCACUUGCCCGCCGACAUCAACCAGAAGCAAGGAGUGCACCGUCCUUCCCAGACAUCCGAUAUCCCCGGUUUCUACCCCCUCCCUCCUGGCGGAGUCGGACAGAUCACUCCUUCGAUGGGAUGGUUCACCCACCCGCUGAUGCUGGGCUCCGGCAUGCACACCACCGGCAUCCCGCACCCCGCCAUCGUGCCCCACUCCGGCAAGCAGGACAUGGAGCACUACGACCGGAACAUGAAACCUCAGCCCGAACCAAAGCGAGAGAAGGAAGCCAAGAAGCCCACCAUCAAGAAGCCCCUGAACGCUUUCAUGUUGUACAUGAAGGAGAUGCGGGCCAAGGUCAUCGCCGAGUGCACCCUCAAGGAGAGCGCGGCCAUCAACCAGAUCCUGGGCAGGAGGUGGCACGCGCUGUCGCGGGAGGAGCAGGCCAAGUACUACGAGCUGGCGCGCAAGGAGCGGCAACUGCACAUGCAGCUCUACCCCGGCUGGUCCGCCAGGGAUAACUACGGGAAAAAGAAAAGGCGGACACGGGAAAAGCAGCAAGAUUCCAACUCAGAUCCUGCCUCUCCUAAGAAAUGCAGAGCCCGCUUUGGCCUCAACCAACAAACGGACUGGUGCGGCCCGUGCAGGAGGAAAAAGAAGUGCAUUCGGUACUUACAAGGAGAAGGACGCUGUGCCAGCCCAGUUUCUUCCGAUGGAAGUGCUAUAGACUCCCCUCCCUCUCCCCCGGAUGCACUCCAGCGCGUCCCCUCCGCGUCGCCUCCGGACAAGCUCGCCGUCCCCGCCGCCCCCCGACAGCAAAGCGACCCCUGCCCCGGCCCCGCGCGCUCCAAACCCGCCGCCGGGACGUAG